UAAUGACACACCAACUCCUAUGUAGCCCUACUGCUGUGCUGUGUGGUAUAAAACCGCGACAAGAGUGUCGGUCGCCUGCAUUCAUACAACUCCGGCAACGGCAACCACUUCCAACGAGACUGCGCCGAAGGAGCGGAGUUUUUAAAAAUGGAAUCAACCAUGAGGAAUCUAUUCGUUUUUCUGGCUAGUUUGGCGUUGAUGUUGGCGGCCGUCUCCUGCGACGAACAAGUGGCCGGCAAAUCCGAAGGUGGCGAGGCUACAGGACGGACAUUCGGUGGUCUGCUCGGAGGUCUGCUCGGUGCUGGACUCGGAACCGGACUGGGAUACGGCGGUGGAUAUGGACACGGAUAUGGAAACGGAUAUGGACAUGGCUAUCCAAGUCCAUACGGCAACCCUUAUGCGUAUGGUGGAUAUCCUCAUUAUGGGGGAUAUGGGGGUGGAUAUCCACAUUAUGGCGGCUAUCCUCAUCAUGGUGGUUAUGGGGGAUAUGGCUAUGGCUACGGGUCAGUAUUUGCUACCUUAUUAUGGCUAAUCCCAGUUGACCUCUAUUACGUCGUCCUUCCUCUGUCUAUUUAUGUAAACGAAUCGGAGAAAUAUUUAUGACGUUCCACGACACGAAACCCGGAAAAUGGGUUCAAUCAUCAAUUUUUAUAUUUUCAUCAAUCUUCAUAUUU